AUGUGGCAUGGGCUAAAGGGGGUCAAGGCAUAUCUGUAUCAUGAGUCCCAAGCUGCUUGUUUCAAGAAAGCGAGAGAUGAUCUAUACAAGGUUAAAGCAUGGGUUUUCUCUCCACAAGUCAAAGUUAUUAGGUCUGACAUUCGUGAGGAAGAUGUGUUGAAGGAGAAAGAUGCUUUUGAGGAUCUUAAGAAGCUGGCAGCCAAGUCACUGACUGAGACAGUUAAUCAGUUGAUUGACACUGUUAAUCAGGUGAAGGAGGAUGAAAAUGCCGAACAGGCGACCCGACCAUCAAGAGUCACUGAUGCGGUCAAACAUCGGGCGACCCGACCACAACAGAUGACGUGA